CCUUCACGUACCACCCACUCCACCCCAUCCAAUGACCACUCUCAUUACAGCAUUUGGGGUGCGUCUGAUGCUGCCACUCCUAAAGCAUUAACCUUUGACCUCUGAGGAUUUUUGGGUGGUGGGAGGUGACCUCACUUUUUGACCUCACGACCCCAACGUACCGCACCACCCCAUCGGCACCAGCACCAGCACCGGCACCAUGCCGAUCAUCAGCAACGCCAACCAUGACUUCAGCAACCUGUCGGUCAGCGACGACAGCAGCCUGGACCACAUCUUCACCGAGAUCCCCGAGACGGAGACCAUCAAGGGCGUGUACUACAAGAGCGCCCGUUUCGUGCGCCACGCCGAGGACCUGCUCUCGGUGGACCCGGCGCUGCAGGCCGUCAUCAACGUCGGCGGCAACCGCUACGCCUUCCCCUGGAGCACGCUGGAGCAGUUCCCGCUCACGCGCCUGGGCCGGCUGCGGCCCUCCAUCACGGCCGAGGAGAUCGCGCGCGUCUGCGACGACUACGACGAGGCGCGCCGCGAGUUCUUCUUCGACCGCAGCCCCUCGGCGUUCCGCGUCAUCCUGAACUUCCUGGCGGCGGGGAAGCUGCGGCUGCUGCGGGAGAUGUGCGUGCUGUCGCUGCACGAGGAGCUGACCUACUGGGGCGUGGAGAUGGCCUACAUGGAACGCUGCUGCAAGCGCAAGAUGAUGUCCCGCCUGGAGGAGGUGGCGGAGGUGGAGAGGCGCGAUGAGGAGGCCAGGCAGAAGGCUGCUCUGUUGCGCCCCCCGGUGGCCGAGACGCGCUACCGCAAGGUGAUGGCGUCGCUGAGGGACAUGGUUGAGAACCCCCAGUCAGGCCUGCCGGGCAAGAUCUUCGCCGUGCUGUCGGUGGUGAUGGUGGCCAUCACUGUCAUCAGCCUCUGCAUCAGCACCAUGCCCGACCUGCGAGAGGAGGAGGACAGGGGCGAGUGCUCCCCGAAGUGCCAGAACAUGUUCAUCGUGGAGACGGUGUGCGUGGCCUGGUUCUCCCUGGAGUUCCUGCUGCGCUUCGUGCAGGCGCGCUCCAAGCUGCAGUUCGUGCGCGGCCCGCUCAAUAUCAUCGACGCCAUGGCGAUCUUACCCUACUACGUCUCCCUGGUCGUCAAGGAGGAGGACCCGACGCUGGCGGAGCACGAGAGGCGCACGGGCCGCGGCUACCUGGACAAGCUGGGCCUGGUGCUGCGCAUCCUGCGGGCGCUGCGCAUCCUGUACGUGAUGCGGCUGGCGCGCCACUCGCUGGGCCUGCAGACGCUGGGGCUGACGGUGCGGCGCAGCACGCGCGAGUUCGGCCUGCUGCUGCUCUUCCUGUGCGUGGCCGUCACGCUCUUCUCGCCGCUGGUGCACCUGGCUGAGAGCGAGCUGACCACGCAGGGGGCGCAGGACUUCAGCAGCAUCCCCGCCUCCUAUUGGUGGGCCAUCAUCUCCAUGACGACGGUGGGCUACGGCGACAUGGUGCCGCGCUCCAUUCCGGGCCAGGUGGUGGCGCUCAGCAGCAUCCUCAGCGGCAUCCUCAUCAUGGCGUUUCCCGCCACCUCCAUCUUCCACAUGUUCUCCCGCUCCUACCAGGAGCUCAAGCAGGAGCACGACCGCAUGCUGAAGGAGGAGGCCGCCCUCGCCGCCUCCCCUGGGACUGACGAGGAGGGAGGACUAGGAGGAGUAGGUGGGUUCGGGGGGUUCGGCGGAGACGCGGGUUCGGGGUACCCCACGCCCGGCCUGUCCGCGACCCCGGAUACGGACACCCCGGGCUCCAUGGAGAACGUGUCGUUGUUACGGAACGGGGCGGCGGAGCGGUCGGGGGGCGGCAACCGGCACAGCCUCCCUCCCAGCGCCUUCUAAAGGUCGACUGGGGGUCAACAGACUCAGAUGUCGGACACAGACUCGUGGACUCACUGGCAGGCAGGCAGACUCACUGAACCCCGCGGCAGUGUUCACCCUCUUGGAUCUAACAGAGAGACAAGCA